AAACCCCAUCCACUCAUCCCUUCAUUCCUUUCUUAUAUCCCUCGAACUCAUCGCCGAACACAGCGAGCACGAACAAAGUAUUCAUCAACUUGUUCCGAUUCAUCACUUUCAACAUCAUUCACGACAUCAUUCGUCGUUGUCGACUCGCACGUCAUGCGUGAAUCAAAUCAUGCUUUUCCCGCUCAGAAUAGGGCUUGCGUUUGCAUCACCUCCCAAUGCUACGAUAGGCGAGGUCUCGAUACAUCUUCGCCACUCCCGCUAUUCACCUCCUUACACCAUCUCACAUAUCUAACUUCAACUUCAGCCCGAAUACGCGAGAUCAUGACAAUGGACGGCGCAAUCGAGCGUCUCAUGCGCAUUCUUUAUGACUACUGCUUAUGUCCCCCUCCCCCAGAGAACCCUGGUUACAUCUACGGUCUUUCUCCUCCAAACUCACGCCCUCCAAAGCUCAUCCCCACAAUCAACCCUCAAAAUUACGAUAAGCACGCCGCCUAUCGAUUUAGCUUGGCUCUUCAGAGUAUCGUUAAUAUCGGUAUAAGAGGCAGCGAGCCAAUCCGGAGUCGCAUCGUCCAGGCUGGCGCCCUUGAAGUAGUCGGUUGUAUCCUCGAGUCAUGGCUAGCUCAUAAGGGGUUUGCCAUCGGUCCAAGUUCAAGUGCAUCCGGUUUACCUCGUGAAUCUCGCGAGCAACGCCUCGCCCGUCGGACCGCACUCCACGAACAAAGACAGCGAGAAGAAGCCGCCCAGCUCCACCGCGCACUCCAACGUCAAAUCGCUGCUGAUGCGGUUAACCGCACGGAAUUCAUUACAUCCCGUAUCGAUCCAAUCCAAGAUGAUGCAUCAAUGGCGGAUAUCGGUACCGAGCCUUCCUAUUCCGACAUUUCUGUGCAUCUAGACCAAACACCUGCCCCUGUUCAAGUGCAAGUAACCUCCCGCGAACGACCUUACUACACCCGUCACUCCUCAUCCUCAUCUCAUGAGGCAGAUACUUCUGCCGAAACGUCUGCUAAUCCCACACCUCAAGGUACAGAUACACCUACUGUAACUGUUCUGGUCAAUGCUCGUGAGCGCAGUGGAACCAUUGUUGCCCGCCGUGUUUGGGAUGAUCCUGUAAUCGCGCCUGCCACAAUACGUGCAAGACCUCAUCGCGUCCGCCCUACUACCGCAUCGCCUGACGAAUCGACCGACAACUCAAGACCUGAGACUGAAACUGAGGAUGAUGGUGAUGCAGAUGUCGAUAUGUCGCAGGACACUGAUGACGGUGCAGCUCCCUCUGUCUCGGCACCCCGUGUACGCCAGCCUUCACGAUCGAUGACGCUCACUCAGCGUCCACGCCGUGCUGUGGGUAUAGUCUCAGACGCCGCCCCAGGACCUGCACCUCUCCAAGUGAAUACGGAUGCGCAUAUUAUCAUUCACCAUGAGCAGGGCGGGGAUGGGAUGGCAGUGGGCGUGGAGGACGGUAUUGUAUCGCUGGAGCCGAAUGAUGAUUUUGCUAUGGGUGCGCCACCUGGUGCACCAGGAGCCUUGGACGAGACGAUUCCUGCACGAGGUCUCCGUGGAGUUGAUGUCCCUUUGGCUGAGCGGAGGGUUCGCGCUGCCCCAGAUGCAACGCCCCGCGCUACGGCUGUUCCCCUCCCUGCAGCCCCUCCUAUGGCGAAUAUCCCGCACAGUGAGGAACCUGCCCGAGAAGGCGCAGCUGCCAAUCGUGGCGAGCACCCUACCCCGACUGCCACCAUGAACACAGUGCGCACCUCGAGCCAUCACCACCACCACCGCGAUCCCGACCAAGGUCCGUUCAGAGACGAGGACGUGCUCUUUAGUCUCCAACUCCUCGCGUAUCUCAGCAAGUACCCGCAUGUGCGGCAGGCAUUUUAUAAGCAACGCCCAUCAUUCCAUCCUGCGGCUGCUAAUCUUAGUCCUCGUCCUCAACAGCAGCCUAUUGCUGGACCCAGCGGGACGCGGAAUAUCCCCGCUCCUGUGCCUGCCCCUUCGCCUACGCCUCCGGUGAAAGAACAAUAUGGGUUCCUCCGCGCGUUUGCAUCUGCUACUGCGCGGGGCAAGGAGAAGGAGAAAGCGCCGCUUACUACCCCGGUGCAACCCCAACGAAUGACGAAUGUCUUUUCUCUGGUAGAGCGGUUUACGUUCCGCCCUAGCUUGACAGAGAGCGAGCUGCCCAACCCGCCACCUAAGCUUCCUCCGGAAAUUGCGUACUGGGCAGGUGUGAUCAUGCGAAAUGCGUGUCGGAAGGAUGAUAGUCGUGGUGGAAUACGGCAAUGUGCGAACAUGCUGUGUGGGCGCUGGGAGACCUAUCCGCGAGAGUUUGCAAAAUGCAGACGAUGCCGAAAAGCGAAAUAUUGUGGCAAGGAAUGUCAGAGCACGGCAUGGAGCGAAGGACACCGGUUUUGGUGUAGUGUGAAGGAGGGAGAUGAAGCUGAGGAGCCUACGGAGCAUCUUCACGGUACGGAGCAUGGUCAUGGGGAUGGUGGGGAUGGGGAGACGCCUGCGGCUGUCGCUGCUUCUGAAGCUGCGCAAGCGCGCGCGGAGAGACGAGCUGAGAGGGAACGACAAUUGCGGGAGCGGGAGCGGAUGGGAGGAACGAUUGCUGCUAAUCAUAUCGCCCCGCAACAUCUGUUGAUGCCGCCUGUGAAUCCUCCACCUGUUGCGGCGCAAUUGACUGUUCGACCUCGUGGAGCCGUUCUUCCUCCUGCCAACCAGCCUCAGGCUGUUAUUCCUCAACCACGACGAGGGAGUCCAUCGGGCUCUGGUUUUGGGACGAUACAAAAUCGAAGGAGGGCGGAGACUGUAUCUGGGGUUGUGGAUACGGGCGUGAUUCGGGAGACGAGGAUGAUGCUUGUGCAGAAUGGGUGGCAGCCGCCUCCGAGGCGACGGGGUGGGGAUGAUGGGGGGCGUGGGCAGGAGAUGUGGGAUUUGACGCCUCCUGGUGGCGAUGAUAUGGUUCUUGGGUGAAGGGCACGAUGCACGACUCGCGGACGUUUGCACGUUUACAUGUACGUGUGCGUGCGUUACUUUUUCUACACAAGCGUUAUUCCCUCCUUACAUUCGCACCCUACAACGCGCCUGCCUACAAUGCGUAUUACUCGUCAUAUAAAUGCGUCCGUCUUUUUUUUUGUCUUUCAUUAGUGCAUACAUAUAUACAUACAUACAUAUACAUACCUGCAUCACGAGCACUACCCAACUAUGACUCCGGUGAUUGUCAUGAUCAAUGUUUUAACAAG